AUGUUUCAAUCUUUCACCGGCAACUCACGACGCCCUCGCCAGGUGAAUCUCAGCGGUCGUGCUACCAAUCCGUUUGCUGCAUUCCCCGGAGGACCGCCUAGUCGCCCAGCACCCCAUGCAUCGAACCCCGAGAGUGCAGUGGCAAAUGCCCAACGAGAGCGAGCACUGAGACAACUGGAAAGAGACCGACAGAACGCAUCCCGCACCGUUCAACGAGUUUGGCGGGGCCAUCGAAGCCGAACAACGACCUACAAGAGCUGGAAGUCAGAAUGGGAUACAUAUGAGUGGGAAAGGGUCAGCCCUACCCUGGGAGUUUCUGAUGAUACGGCCUCGAUGACAGAUGUUGAAAGACUGGAAUGUUUACUACGCCUGUCCACACUACCAUAUUCCACAGCGGAGCAAUGUCUGGGUCAGCUCAGGCCUCUAGUUCAGUUUGUGGGAUCAGCCAAGAGACAAGAAGAUAUCCUGCGGCUGGUAUACUUCUGCAACACAUUCGAACAGACCUUUCAUACUUUGCCUACAAUUGCCACGGAGGGCGAAUGGACAGGACUCCUGAAACGCCUUGCAACUGCUAUUCUCAAUGCACUUAGCUCAUCAACCACUUCAUCAACCCACCGCGCAGCAGUAUUGCCUCUGCUUCGGACAUUGGUCUUCCUGGUUGAGCUGAUCCCGAAACGGAUAGCAGCCAGCGCUAAACAUUAUUACACAGCAAUGGCAUAUUUGACAACAAACAUUACAACUAUUGGUGACUAUUUGUCUCCAGGCCACGUUACAAAAGCUGUAAUAGCCCUCCUGCAACCGAUCACCUCAGAAACGAUGACAGCCUAUGAAGCACUCGCCAGCUCAUAUUUGACGAUCCCGAACUUAGCUGGUUAUCUCGGUGAGCUCGACGAGCUGGCGCGUGAGAUGAAUUACAAGAUGUUGGCGUCGGCAAUUGAAACGUCUAUACUUCUGGCGAAGGAGGGUGCCCUCGUCGGAAACACCGAGGCUCAAAAUUGGCUUCUGUCAUACCUGAUCUUCUUCCACCGUUAUGCUCUUCCAGGCCAGGCUAACCUCAAAAGCCCCGAUCUUGGCUUCUUGACUGUGGUUUCUGGACUGCUAAAUCUGACAUCUACUCAUCUUACAAGGUGCUUGGAAGCAGACGAGCCAAGCGAUGAAGAUUCCACCAAUGGCCCUGUUCUCCAUCCGUUCGUCAAAGACCAAAUAUCUAGCCUUGUCAACCAAAGCAGCAUAACCGGGUUGCUCUCGCGCAUCAAAUCAACUCAUAUUUCCCAGCAAGAUUUAUCGAACAGCGAUUCGGACGCUACGAGAGAGGCAAAAAUUCUUGCGACAUAUGCUCUGAACUUGUUGAGGGUCUUUCCUCGGCGUGGUGAUGACAUUCGCAUGUGGUUGUACAUGGGAUCGGCGUCGUCGGGAGAUCAGAUUUCCGGCCAACCAGGCAUGAAGAUCCCAGCGAUCAAAUACUUUUGGCAGGCGUCCAGGUCGAGUCAAAUCUUCGAAAUUAUCAGCAACGAUUCGAACAAGGUCCUUCCAUUACUGCAACCUGCCCCAUAUAGCGAUGGGCGUGUCGGUAUUUCACCAGAGGAGCGAGACCAAGAGUGGACGAUCAUCCUUCUAUUCUUCGAACUCUAUACGUUCCUGCUAAAGGUCAUGGACGACGAAGAGUUCUUCUCAAGUGCAUCGCCAUUUGCAGCCUCCGACAAUUCUCAUUCCUCAUGGACUAAGGAGAGUGCGCUUCCCCUGAAGGAUGUCAGAGACAUGACCGUCUUCCUCAAAAAUCUUGCCUUCACUCUCUACUGGAACCUGGCCGAUUUGACAAGCAAUGGAGAAACUGCGCCUUCUACAGGAGACCUUAGAAAUUAUUUCACCACCGCAGCGCAACCACCUGUGGACACUGCACGACAGGAAACAGAAGCCAAAGAGCGAUCUAAUGAUCUUCCAGGUGUGACAGGAAUCCCACUCGAUUAUUUCAAGGGCCUGGUCACGGGUUUAUUGAGAAUGCUACACGAGCGAGAUUCGCGACGAAAGUUCCUUCCCCCGGAUCAUUGGCUCAUGACAGAUCGCUUCGACAUGGAAGGAUUUAUUCCAGCUGUCGUCGCAGAAGAAGAAAAACGGCACGAGUUCCAAGAAGAUGAGGAUGAUGCCGACACCGAUCUUUUGGACGAAGAGACGCGGGAAGAUUCCAAUCUCGUCGGCAAUAGCCAUGCCCGGCAAUUGGUCCGCCUCCAGGCUAUGCGAGAUCGUCAACAAAAGGCCGCUCGCGGCAAAGCUCUCGCACUUAUUGCGCCAAGGCUAGAGAUCCUUCGAAACAUGCCUUUCUUCAUUCCCUUUGCCACGAGAGUCCAGAUUUUCCGUCAAUUCAUCUUCAGAGAUCAGCAACGUCGCCGGAGAGGCUUCGUUGACCCCGAAUCCUGGCGUCUCUCUGUGGCUCAAAAUUCCUUGAUCAGUGGUCCAGUCAGUGGCGCCGAUAUUUUGGCUCGCCAUCACGCUGAUAUCAGACGAGAGAGUGUAUUCGAUGACGCGUUCUCUCAAUUCUAUGCUCUUGGUGAUGGUCUCAAGGAGCCAAUCCAGAUCAGCUUCAUUGAUCAAUUUGGAGCCAUGGAAGCUGGCAUUGACGGGGGUGGAGUGACGAAAGAAUUCCUCACUAGUGUCACUUCGCAGGCCUUUAAGACUGAUGAUGGCGAGAGCAUGUUUGCAGAAAAUGAUCAUCAUCUUUUGUAUCCACACCCUGCAGCGGUUGAACAGCGCAAAGCGAUACUCAACGAGGCUGGCCUACCGAGCUCAAGCGCUAUCUGGCAGGACGAAGUACGGAACCUUCUUCGAAAGUAUGAGUUCCUUGGCCGAGUCAUUGGCAAGUGCCUUUACGAAGGGAUACUGGUUGACGUCAACUUUGCGCCAUUCUUCUUAUUGAAGUGGGCUUUGACGGGUGGAAGUCGAUCAGCAGUGAAAGAGUCUUCUUACCGCGCCAAUCUGAAUGACCUCAAGGAUCUUGAUGAGGGAUUGUAUCAAGGCCUGCUGCAACUCAAGAACUAUCCCGGCAACGUGGAAGACUUUGCUCUUGAUUUCACCGUCAACAACACGAUCCCGAUGCCCAGUGGAAGACAUCGUACGUCUACAGUAGAGCUGAAGCCAAACGGCUCCCAGACUGCUGUGACCAACAAGAACCGAUUGGUCUACAUCUCGUACAUGGCGCGUUAUCGUCUUCAGUUGCAACCUGCCAUGCAGACCAAUGCAUUCCUGCAGGGCCUUGGUCAGAUGAUCCAACCCGCAUGGCUCUCCAUGUUCAACCAGUCUGAAUUGCAAACAUUGGUGAGUGGAGAUAAUGCUGACAUUGAUGUGGAAGAUCUGCGACGGAAUACACUCUACGGAGGGGUGUAUGUGAUCGGUGAUGACAAUUUGGAGCACCCUACGAUCGCUUUGUUCUGGCAGGUCAUGCACCAAAUGAACAACGAGGAGCGACAAAAAGUGAUCCGCUUUGUCACCUCGACGCCUCGGGCACCCCUGCUAGGGUUCAGUCAUCUGCAUCCCCGGUUCAGCAUCCGAGACUCCAGCGAAGAUCAAGAACGCUUGCCAAGUACCAGCACUUGCGUGAAUCUGCUCAAGUUGCCACGAUACUCGGAUGCUGAAACUCUGAGGACCAAACUUCUGUAUGCAGUCAGCUCGGGAGCUGGUUUCGAUUUGAGUUGA